CGCUCGGGUGAGCGGUGCGGCGGCGCCGGGCGGAGGCGGAGGCGGCGAUGGAGCCGGGAUACGGCGGAUACGGCACCUGGAGCGCCGGGACCACCAACACGCAGGGUUCCUACGCCACGAACGCCGCCAGCUGGCAAGGUUAUGAGGGCUACGAUUAUUACACCCCCCAGAGCUCGGCCGCUCCCGCCGCCGCCUCCUACCCCUACGGAGCCGCUUCCGGAGCCUGGGAGCCUCCCAAGCCUUCGGAGCUGGGCCUCAACUCCGACGGAACCGGAGCCGGCGCCUACGGAGCCGACGGAGCCGGCCCGGAAAAUUCCGACUCCAUCAUCGCCAAGAUCAACCAGCGCCUGGACAUGAUGUCCAAGGAGGGAAGCGCCGGAGCCGCCGAGGGGAUGGAGGAGCACGAGGGCUCCUUCCGCUUCGAGUCGUUCGACUCGUACGACUCCCGCUCGUCGCUGGGCGAGCGCGACCUUUACCGGGCCGGCUACUCCGACUACGGCGACGCCGAGCGCGGGGACUCCUUCGGCGCCGGCUCCCACUUCGACUCCCGGCGGGAGCAGCCGCCGCGGAGCCGCGGGGAACGGCUUCGGGCUCCUGCGGGGCCGGGGGCAGAACCGGGCCCAGAGCCGCGGCCGCCUGGGCGCCUUCGGCCGCCCGAGGGAUUCCCGCCCUCCUCCAGUCCGAGCGCCUGUAGGCCCGUUGGAAACGAGCUCAACUACCUGGGGAAGCCGCGCGCGGGAUGGCGGCGCCGGCGCCAACCGGCGGCAUCCCCUUCUCCAAGCCCUGGUGCCCGAGUACGGCGACUACGGCGAUACGGCGACUACGGCGGCGACUACGGGACUACGGGGGACUACGGGGAUUACGGGGACUACGGGGACUACGGAGGACUACGGAGAUGGCAUGGGGAUGGGGCGCUACGGCAACGCGCCUACGGGAUGGGCCGGCAGCGCAACAGGGACAGGAUGGGACGGCCCCCUGGCACGGGAACACCCUCGCCCCAAGAGAAGAGGCUUCCGGAGCCGCUCCGGAGGCCGCUCCGACGGGGGAAGGGGGUCGGAAGCGGAAGCAAUCCCAGAGCGGGACGAUCCCGAGGCCAAACAGCCCGGACCGACAGCGAGGGCGACGACUCCGACACGCGGAUGAGGGAGAAGGGGAGGAAAAAUCCGGGGAUGAAGGCGACAAAGCAUCCGGGACGGCGGCGAGGACGACGACGAGGAGGUGAAGAAGAAGAGGGAGAAAGCAAGCGGAGAAGGGAUCGGAUGCGGGAUCGGGCCAUGGACAGGAUCCAGUUCGCCUGUUCCGUCUGCAAAUUCCGGAGUUUUGAGGACGAGGAGAUCCAGAGGCACCUCCAGAGCAAAUUCCACAAGGAGACCCUUCGCUACAUCGGCACCAAACUGCCCGACAAGACCGUGGAGUUCCUGCAGGAAUACAUCGUCAACAGGAACAAGAAGAUCGAGAAGCGGCGGCAGGAGCUGACGGACAAGGAGGGAUCCAAACAGAAGCCGGAUCCGUUCAAGGGGAUCGGCAGGAGCAUUUCUUCAAGAGGAUCGAGGCAGCUCAUUGCAUGGCCUGUGACAUGUUGAUCCCGGCCCAGAACCCACCUUCUCCAGAGGCACCUGCGAUCCGCGACCACAACCGGAAACCGCAGGAUGGCUGCGGAGCAGUUCAAGAAGACCAGUUUACACGUGGCCAAGAGUGUCCUGAACAACAAACACAUCGUCAAGAUGCUGGAAAAAUACCUCAAGGCGGCUUGACCCCUCCUGGUGGAUUUUGGGGAUUUGGUUUUUUUUCCCCGUGGUUUCUCCCCCCCCCCCCCCCUCGCAGCCGGUGCCCCUUGCCGGCGUUCCGGGCGCCUGCGCCGGGAUCGCAGCCCGGAAACGGGAAUUAAAGCGACCAAACCGCCAAAGCUGGAGCUUCCCAAAGUCCCCCCCCCCGCCCCCGAGCGAGGUCUUGGGGGGGGACACCACAGCCCCCUCGUCCAGGGAGGGCAGGAAGAUUCCUGCCGGGAUUGGGUCCGACCUGGACGGCUACCGACCCACCUGGAGGGGAUUCUCCCCCAUAUCCAGAGCGGGGGCAGCUCCAGGAGUGAGGAACCCCCCCCACGGGAUCGGGGAGUGCAUCCCAAUUCCGUGACAAACCCUCCCAUUGGCCCCCCUUUCCCGUCUUUUUCCCUCCUCCUCUUCCCUCGGGAAGCGGCGGGCACAGCCCGGCCGACCCUCCGGAGCCGAGACGGAGCGCUGCGGAUGGGGUCGGGAUUGGGAUCGGGGCGGGGUCGGGAUUGGGAUCGCUCGAGGCCUCGCCGGCGCGGGAGGGCAGGACGGAGCCGGGAAGGGCCCGUGGGGUCUCGGAGCGCGGGGGGAUCGCGCUCGAGCGGGGACGGAGCCGAAUCCCGGUGGGUGUAACGGGCGUCGGAGAGCGGGAAAACUCGCCUCCUCCUCCUCCUCCUCCUCCUCCUCCUCC